AUGUCGGACGCCUUUAGCGCUGGCUUCCGCGAGUUCUGCGGUGGCGUACAGCACGCUGUAUCGCUGCACCGCAUCUUGCUCUUCUACCUCAAGUCUCGCCUCAUCUGUGUGUCCAGCGUUAAGUGCUUCGUGCUCAAUGGUCUUAUCUUCCUGGGAAGUAUCUACUUCUUUGACCAGGCGGUGAUCCCGGUGAUCCACAUGUUUGGAGAGCUGUUGCAUCGUUCUUUUUCCUACGGGACGACAACUCAAGUGGAUGAUGUACGGGAUCGAGUAGAUGGCUUCGUGUUCCUAUUGUACCAGGUGUUGUGGAUGUACCCGAUCUACUGUAUCAGCUUCAUCCUGAACACUAUUUGGUACCAAGAAAUUGCCGAUGACGCGUACAUGCAGCUUCAUGGCAAGCCGUCGCCGACCCCAGUGACCGAUAUGAUUCGGGAUGAGAUGUACCGAGCAAUUCUCGUGGCCUUCUUUCUGUUGCAGACUGUACUGUCUUACUUAAUACCGGUCGUUGGGCCUGCGACGAGCUUCAUCCAUUUAAGCUGGCUGUAUUCGCUAUACUGCUUCGAGUACAAGUGGUCCUUGGCAGGCUGGAGUCUUGAGCGGAGACUGGCGCAUUUGGAGCAGAACUGGGCAUACUUCGCAGGAUUUGGGAGCCCGUUCACACUUGCCACUUUCUUUGUGCCAAACUUCGUGAGUAAAGGCAUCUUCGCUCUGCUCUUUCCGGUGUUUUUAUUGCUAGCAAUAGCAUGUGACCCUGUUUCAGAAGGCAACGAAGCAUCUAAAAAGCUGCCGAUUUUCCGGUUUUCACGGUGGUGGAGCUUGCAGUUGCUGCGUCGGAUUGGAAAAGCAACAGGAGAAAAAGUCUUGUUGCCAACCAAGAGCGCGAGAAACCCGAGCCAAACGAUGCCAGAAGCGUAUACCGUGUCGAAGAUGCUCUCCACUAUCAACGAAGUCAUGGCUCCAGUGGCUACUGAUUUAUGCGGGUCUGUGACCUUGCAGCGAAAAACGGAGAAUGGCAUCAUGCUCAACACGUCGGAGAAAGAGAUUGCUUACCUGGACACGAAGGCUAGAGUGAAGCACUCAGCGCAGCAAGUCGCUCAACUGGACAAGUCAGCUAAGGUACAUUGGGUAGCAACUCAGCGGCAAGCCGGGAACGACGCUUUCCACAAAGGAAACUAUCAUCAAGCAGCAGAAGCUUACAUCCAGGCACUUACUGCGCUGGAUUUCGGCUCCACUACAGAGGAGAAGAUCGCUUGCCAACAAAAGCUGCAGAUUCCGCUCACAUGCAACUUAGCAGCAUGUAUGCUAAUGAUGGAGGUGGCUCUGGGACUUGUAUCUUGUCAUCGUGUAUAGUGGGCUUGCUUUAAUACGGUUUGUGUUGUUGUGUUGUCAGCAAUGGGAAAAAGCUCGAUUGAUGUGCGACCAAGUCCUUGCAAUAGAUCCCAAAUGCGUUAAAGCACUCCAACAGCGCGCGAAGGCCAAAGCGAAGCUCUACAACUUUGACGAUGCCCGUGCUGAUAUUUCACGUGCAAAGCAAAUUGUUCGUGGCCCAUCAACAUCGCUUGAUGCCAGUGAUCAACUUGUCGAUCGAUUUGACAAGCAGUUAGAAGAUAUUUCACGAGCUGAAUUAAGGCACAAACACCGUCUUCAGCAGCAGAAACACUUUCAGAAGAAGAUGAUGAAGGAGGCCGUGGGGAAACUCUACAAAGAUAAGAAGGAGGUCGAUUGUGCCCCGGCUUCUGGUACUGCCUCACAGCAGCAGCAUAAGUCUUUCCUCACUUUUAUUGAAGCUGCUCUGUCUUGCAAUCGCUGGAACGCCGGGGUGGGGUGGGUUCUAGCUAUGCUUUCCAUAGUCAUCAACGCGGUUUCACGUGUUCUGGUUGCUACGCGGGGUAAAGUUAAAAUGUCGUAAGGUAUCUUGACUGCACGGGGUGGAGUUACAAGAACUGCCGUGAAAUUGUCGGUGCAGUGAACUUGGAGUUGAUCUGUUUCGCCGCCGAGAUCAUGCGCUCUGCGUCGUCCCCAGACAUUCCCCGGCGAACUGCAAGGUCUCGGUCUCUGCAUUGUAAGGGUAAAAGUUUAUGAGAAAAAUAUCUAAUUCGCUCCAGUGAAGUUGCAUUUACAAACCUGUUCCAUCCACCGACGCUCUGGGUGGAUCCUACUCCA